AGGCUCGAGCGCCCAUUGGAAAAUGCCGCCUGAUGUCUAUGAUUCCACAGGAGGAUUUAUCGCCAUUGCGACCGAAGAGCAUCCAUCCAGCACUAGCGGCUGCUGCUGAAAGAUCCACGGACUUAACCAGGCCAAGCGUGCUUCAUUGCGGAGAAGGAGAAGCUUUGGUGCCACCUGCGGAUGCUGCUUCGUCGUUGGGCCCUUUCGAGCUGCCGGAGAACGUGGCGCACCGACCUGGAGCGAAAGAGGUUGCAAAGGGAGCUCCAGGGACGUCGUACGCAAGGAAGCGGCAGCGGGCGGGUCUCACUGGUGAUGCAGAACGCAAAAGGCAGCGCCCAGCCAAACGCUCGCGUCUCACCGGGCCUGAACGGGCCGCGUUCAGACGACGCAGGCAGCAGCUGGCCAAGCGGGCCGUUUGCAGGAGAGUUGGACUCUGGCGCUCAAGGACAGUGGAUGGCGAGCAGCAGGUGGUGUACAUCACUCUCGGGGGCGAGGUCCUCAAGAAAGGCAGCAGGGCCUUCAGAGCUGCCACUGCAGAUCAGAGGUACUUGAAGGCGUGCGGCAUCGCAAGCUUUCGCCCCACGAGCUCUUCGAUUGAGGUGCCCGAGGAGAUCGAGCCCUAUGCCUCGCGGCGCGGUGAGAGUCCCUUGGAGCUUUCCUACUGGUGCAUUCCCGAGUCUGUGGAGGCAUGUUAUCGAGAUGCUGGCAUUUGUCGAUUGCAUGCGUGGCAAGCAGAAUGCCUGAACAAUUCGGAGGUUCUGGCUGGAAGGUCCUUGGUGUAUGUAGCACCAACCAGUGCUGGGAAAUCGCUGGUGUCUGAGGUUCUCAUGCUACGCCAACUUCUCUUCCGUGGGCGCAGAGCUCUCGUGAUCCUUCCAUAUGUCUCCAUUUGCGAGGAACGUGUCCGGCAACUUCGUGGAAGCUGUGGUGCUGUCGGCCUUCGGGUGGAGGGGCUGUACUCCUCAUCGGACGGCAAGUGGCAUGCCGGAGCAGACGUGGCAGUUUGUACUAUUGAAAAAGCUAGUGCGCUGCUGAACCGACUGCUCGAGGACGAUGCACUGCUUCGGGAUAUUGGAGUUGUGAUAGUGGAUGAAAUGCACUUGCUGGCAGAGGAGCACCGCGGCUACCUGCUGGAGCUGAUCCUGAUCAAGUCUCGCCUGAGCGCAACCAUGACUGCCCCGACUGCAGGGGGCGGGCUCCAGAUCAUCGGCUUGUCCGCCACUCUGCCGAAUGUGAAUCUUCUAGCGGACUGGCUGGGCGCCAAGCUCUAUAUCUGUCAUGAUCGGCCUGUGCCCCUCACGAUGUCCGUUGCCAAGAACUCGGCUUCAAGAGUUAGCCAAAGAGAUUCAGAUGGCUUGGUGCCCUUGGUAUGGGAGUGCGUUGCGUCGGGCCAGUCGGUGCUCACCUUCUGCGCCACCAAGGACUGGUGUGAGAAGGCGGCGUCCCUGCUGGCGGAGGAGCUCCCAAAGCUUGCGAAGGGGCCGCCAUCUGAGGAGGCGCAGAACGGCAGGUUGAGACUGGUUGAAGAGCUGAAGCAAGCGCCAUCAGGGCUUUGCCCCGUCCUCGCAGCUACAGUGCCGAGAGGUGUCGCCUAUCAUCACGCAGGCCUCACGGUGGAGGAACGAAACCUGCUGGAAGAUGCGUACAGAAAAGGCGUGCUGUGUUGCCUGUGUGCAACUUCUACUCUUGCGGCGGGUGUGAACCUGCCUGCGCGUCGGGUCAUCAUCCGCUCAAUGAAGGUGGGAAGCGCCUCUUUGGAUGCGAUACGAUUCCGGCAGAUGGCUGGGCGCGCAGGACGAGUGGGCCUCGACACGAAGGGGGAGUGCGUCGUCAUGGCCAGAACAGCCCGAGACAUUGAGGAGGCUGAGUCACUCUUCUCCGCGGAGAUGCAGCCAUUGAAGUCGUCCUUGACUGGCCAGCGCUUGGUCCGAGCCAUUCUGGAAGUUGUGAGCCUUGGAUUGAUUCGCACCAUGGCUGAUCUCGAAGGAGGAUUCGCAAGGAGCCUUUUGCGCUUUCAUGAGGAAAAGCAGGGAAGGCUUUCGCAGAUGGAUGAGGAUGUUCCGAGAGACUUGCUGCAAGACAUCAGGGGGGCGUUGUCGUACCUGAAGGCACAAAAGCUGGUGCGCGUGGACGAGAUGGCGAACGAAGCAUCUCCGAACCGGCUGCAGGUGCCAGGCGAAUCAGGGGACUAUGGCUCCAGUCAGAGUAUUGAGCCCGUGAUCUCCCCGGAGGCAAUGCUGAUGGCCACUCCUCUUGGCGACGGUGUGGUCCACUCUGCGCUCCGACCGGCAGAGGCGCUCAGUGUCUUUGAAGACCUGCAAAGGGCACGACAAGGCUUGUGUCUAGACUCCGAUCUUCAUCUCAUCUUCUUGGUGACGCCUGCCACCAGCAUGGAGCCAGACUGGUCUCGAUACAUCACCUACUAUGAGAAGCUUCAACCCCGAGACCGAGCCGUUGCAAGUGCGGUCGGCGUGUCGCCCGACUUCUUGCUGAAGCAGUCCAUGGGCCAUCGCGGGCCUCUCUCAACUGGCACCAAUGAUUGGCGGCAGGAUCGCGAACGAGUGACGACGGUGCAUCGGCGUUUCUGGGCCGCGCUGGCACUCCGUGAGCUGAUGGCCGAGACAUCUGCAGGUAGAGUUGCAACUGCCUUCGCCGCGUCACGGGGAUCCCUGCAAGGCUUGCAGGGCAUGGCUGCCACCUACUGCGGUAUGGUGCGCCAGCUUUGCGAAAGACUUCGAUGGCACGAGAUGGCGGCGCUGUUUGAGUGCCUUAUGCCCAGACUCAACUUCGGUGCAACGCCAGAGGCGCUCCCACUGUGCCGGAUUCCUGGGGUCUACCCUGCACGUGCCCGAGCUUUGCUGCAGGCUGGGUUGGCAUCAGUCGAAGACAUUGCCAAAUCUUCAGUAUUCGCAGUGGAAUCGGCGCUUGGCCAGCUCUACCAGUUCGAGUCUUGCCGUACUGAAGCAGCCCUGGCACAGCAUCAAGAGGCAGUGAUCCGUGAUGCUGCCCUGAAGAUUCUACAUGGUGCGCAGCGGUGUGUGAACGAAGACCUCCAGCAGCUGGAGGAUGAAGCGGAAGCGGAGCAAGCGGCGCUCGCCCGCGGCAUGCACCGCGUCAAGUGCCCUUGACCAAGACGAGGCGGCUUCCGCAUUGCCGUCAACGAGGUCCUAAGAUGUGCAGCCAGCAUGUGGCAUCACACGGAGCCAGAUCCUGCAAGGCCAAUCAGCUUCGACGCCAAACGCCGGCCUGAUGAGCAAGGCUGGCAAGAUGAACCGACAUCGGCUCGCCUGUAGCUGAACUACCUGGUGCUUGUGACAAGCAAGCCAAUUCACUGCAAGCAGCGGCCCUUGCCUUUUAAUUCGUCCGUCACAAUUCAGUAUCCCGUCACUAGGUGUGCAUGCUAGAGUUGACAAAGGGGUUGCACGACUCAAAGCCUCUGUGCGAUGAGCUGAUUCGUUUUGCAUCAUGACAGUGUGUAU